AAACAAAAAAAAAAUUCGCUUAGAACUUUUAGCAGGUUUCCCAUCUUCAUGCUAGCAUGGCGUCUGAUGUGGCAUUUCGACUAUCUCAUCUUCAUGCAGACAUGGCGUCUGAUGUAGCAUUUCUCCUAUCUGAUGUGGCAUUUCUCCUAACCUUUUGUUGUCCAUUGUGGAUUUUCUGAAUCAUAAUACUCACAAUCUUGGGCAUCAUCUAAAGCACAUAUUGAGUUCGACGGUGCAUCGAAUCUCAAAUCCCUGGAUCUCUAAUGGAGGACGAGAGAAUGGAAAAUCCAGCGAGCCUAAGCAUAUACAAAGCCUCUCGAACCAUAAAGCGAAAGCACAACAGCCUCUACAACGCCCUGCGAUCAAUCUACGAGGACUCCAUCUUCGUCGGAGAAAUAUCGGAGCUAUGGCCGGAGCUCCCGCUUCUGGCGAACCUUCGGUGCGGCCUCUGGUACUCCCCAAAGUUUCAUUCCACAUGCUAUUUCAAAUCCACCGACGGCCACACCAAUAACUGGUCGUUUAACACCUCUCGCCUCAACCUCCACGUUGCCCUACUCGCCGGACAGAGGGGAGGUUGUAUGAUUGUUGACUCAACUAGAAAAGGGAAAAGAUUUCCAGACAGCAUGUCGAAAACUAUACCAAUUUGGACUUGUGUAUUGAAUCGUGCCAUUGCUAACUACAGGAGGAAAUUGAUUGGUGUUAAUACUCCAAAAGACCAAGAGUCCAACAUAAAUGACCACGUGCCCAAUAACCAUACUGAAGAUGUUAAAGAGGAUGCUUCCAGUUGGGAUUGUUCAUUGCAUCUUCCUAUCUGGGUCUCAGAUACAGAAAAAACACUUAUUGAGGAACGAUUGGACGGAUGGACUAAGGAUCUUGAGACUAGUGGAGCUGAUAUUGCAUCAAUUGCAUUUUACAUAAAGAAGCCAUUACAACCUUUAUGGAUUUCACAGAAAACUGUUAUUUGGUUAAAUGAAGUACCUGAGUCUAGUUCUUGGGACUUCACACCAAUCAUACUUGUUUCUGCAUCGUUCUCGACAAGUGUUUUUCAACAGCGAACUACUUCAGAGUUUAGUUGGAAUUAUAUUUCUGGAGCUGGAGAUGAUGAAGAAAGUUGGGCAAGAGGACUAACGCCAACCCUUUUUUGGAAACAUGUUUAUGAUCUCAUAAACUUGGGGCCAAAUUUAUGCAAUCAGAAGGUUGCUGAUAUUGUUGAAAAGAAUAGAGUAUACUGUGCACAAAGGGGAGAAGAUGCUCCUCAGAUUUCAUUGACUUCAAAAACUUUUGGUCACAGCAAUCAGUAUGCUGUACAAGAACCAUUGAAUGUAGAAAAUCUGUGCAUAGAUGGAGAUGAAAUGUCCAAAGGUGAUGAUAAUUCCGUAUCUUGGCUCGGUGAUACGAAUGUAGCUGUUGGCAAAAUCCUACUUGCUAAGGAGGCCUCUUCUAUUGACAGCAUACUAAACUGUGGCCCAGAAGAAAUUCCCCGCUUGAUGGAUGAUACUGCUUAUUUACACCUUCCAAUUGUGGGCUGUAAAUUUGACAGGUUUUCUUUGUCAAGAAGUCUCCCUUCAGCAAUCAAUUUUGCCAACAUUAACUUAAGAAAAGGGAAGAGACUUCUUGUUUGCUGUGCGAAUGGGGAAGAUAUAAGCAUAUGUGUCUGUUUGGCAAUCUUGUUGGCAUUAUUCGAUGACAGAGGAUGCUUUGACGAAGGAAGAUCCUUUAACAAGAAAAACACCACCAAGUUAGAAUUACGACAGAGAUUAGUCUUCAUCUGCAAAUACGCUGUGAAUGCUCGCCCAUCGAGAGGAAAUUUGAAGCAAGUCUUCAAUUAUCUGAACAGCGGGAACAUAGGUCCUGUUCUUGAAAAACCCUUAUCUGUUUCGAGUGCCUAACAAAAUGGGGAGAAAUGUAGUUCUGUGCCAAGCAUCUAAGAAUCUAAGAUCAUGGAGCUUCUUUCUAAUA